AUGCUCGAUAACGGAAUAGUCAGACCAUCGGAAAGCCCGUGGUCUUCACCACUACAUUUAGUCCCUAAAAAAGAUAAUGGCUGGCGUCCCUGCGGAGACUAUAGAAUGUUGAAUGCCCGUACUAUACCCGAUAGGUAUCCAAUUAGGCAUAUUCAGGACUUCGCACACAGUAUUUCAGGCUGUACCAUCUUUAGUACACUUGACCUUGUCAGGGCCUAUAACCAAAUACCGGUCCAUCCUGACGACAUUCCAAAAACCGCAGUAACAACACCUUUCGGCCUGUUUGAAUUUGCUUUCAUGAAUUACGGUUUGAAAAACGCGAGCCAAACGUUCCAGAGGUUCGUAGACGAAAUGACUCGGGAGUUAGACUUUUGUUAUUGCUACUUAGAUGAUUUUCUAAUAUUUUCAAAGGACGAGGCUCAACAUGAAGUACAUUUACGUAAAAUAUUUAGCAUACUUAAGGGAUAUGGCAUGUUAAUAAACACGUCUAAGUGCGUUUUCGGUGCCCGAGAAAUAUCUUUUUUAGGAUAUAGCAUCUCGGCGUCAGGCACCAAACCACUUGACUCGAAAAUCGAAGCCAUUAAAAAAUUUCCAUUGCCUACUGACGUACGUCAGCUACGACGUUUCUUAGGCAUGAUCAAUUUUUACAGGCGCUUCUUGCCACGUAUGGCAGAAAAGCAAGCGCCACUUAACAAUUUAUUAAAAGGCGUGCUGAAAAAUAAACAGCCAAUCAUUUUAUCAGGCGAAUCUUUAAAGGCUUUCGAAGCCUGCAAAGAAAGUCUUUCUGACGCUGCAUUGUUAGCGCAUCCCGAUUGCCAGGCAAAACUCGCUCUUGUCACAGACGCUUCGGACAAGGCAAUAGGAGCUGUAUUACAACAGCUGAAAGACGACGCGUGGCAGCCAUUAGCUUUUUUCUCACGCAAACUUAGCACGUCUCAAAAAAAAUAUUCACCUUAUGACAGGGAGCUUCUGGCAAUAUAUGAGGCAAUCAAAUAUUUUCGCCACAUGCUGGAAGCUAGAAAUUUUAUAGUGUACACUGACCAUAAGCCGAUCAGUUUCGCAUUUCACGAACGAAAAAGAAACUGUUCUCCUAGGCAGUACAGACACUUGGAUUAUAUAUCUCAAUUCACCACAGACAUCCGACACAUUUCUGGCAAGGACAAUGUUGUUGCCGACACUUUGUCCCGGGUUGAAGUUUUGGAAGCUCCGAUAGACCUCGAAGCUUUAGCAAAAAGUCAGGUUUCUGAUCCCGAGUUAGAAAAGCUUAUCCGAGAAGGCUCUUCACUGCGUCUUGAAAAAUUAACCAUACCUGGAAGCCGUAUUUCAUUAUACUGUGACGUCUGUACACCGACUUCCAGGCCGUUCGUGACAAAGUUUUUUCGGAAGCAAGUAUUUGAUAGCUUACAUUCCUUAAGUCACCCAGGCGCAAAUGCUACUGCUAAAUUAGUAUCCGAGAGAUUUGUUUGGCCGAACGUUAGGAAGAACUGUCGUGAAUGGGCUAAAAGUUGCUUAUCAUGCCAACGAUCCAAAGUAAGUCGACAUGUUACAACCCCACUUGGUACAUUUAAGCUACCUCGUGCACGUUUUAAACAGAUCCAUAUAGAUUUAGUCGGACCGUUACCACUAUCGGAGGGCUACCGCUAUUGUUUAACGUGUGUCGAUCGUUUUACACGUUGGCCCGAAGUCGUCCCAAUUACCAACAUAACAGCAGAAACAGUCGCUAAGGCAUUGCUGUCUUGUUGGAUAUCUCGAUUCGGUUGCCCAACAGAAAUAGUUACAGAUCGCGGACGUCAGUGGAUAUUGUUGGGCAUACGCAGUUCGUUUAAGGAAGACUUACAGGCGUCUUCCGCCGAAUUACUUUAUGGCGAACCAUUAAGGCUGCCUGGUGAAUUCUUUGAGCCUCAAGACAACAGCGCAGCGGAUAUGACUGAGUUCAUAUCCCGCUUACGCAGUUUCGCACAAAAAUUACACCCAGUGCCAGCAUCUCGCCAUAAUAGUAAUAAAGUUUUUAUUUUUAAAGAUCUCGCUAACAGUGAACACGUCUUCCUACGGGAGGAUGCAUCUCGUGGAUCCCUCCAGCCCGCGUAUAGUGGACCACACAAAGUGUUGGCUAGGUCAGACAAAACCUUCAAUAUAUUAAUUAAUGGUAAAUCAUCCACAGUGUCUGUUGAUCGACUUAAACCAGCCUAUAUAUUGUGUGAAGCCCCAAAUCAAGAUCAUGUACAAAACUAUAAUUUGAAUGAAUAUAUAACUCGUUCAGGACGUAGAGUGAGAUUUACCGAUUUUUAUUGCCCUUAA